UUCGAGGCGCUAUCCAACCCACCGAGAAUGGAAGACAAGACCAUUACGCUGCCUAAAUUUGAACCGGAAGAUGCAGACAGCGACGCACGUGCCUGGAUAGCAACGGCGGAUAUCUGCUUAUCGGACCGCGAUAUACAGGGAAGUCAAUUAGUUCUUAUACUUAGUAAAGCCAUGAGAGGUUCAGCUGCAACAUGGUUUUCUCAAAUAGCUUUUCCUAAUAUGAAAUGGAUUGAAUUUAAGGAAAUUUUUCUUUCCCGCUUUGAUACGCUUGAAACAUGUGCAGCGACGAUACUAAACACGCUUAAUAGUAAACCACAAGAAGGUGAAAGCCUCGCUGCAUAUGCGAGUCGUCUGUUUACUUUGCUUAUGUCACGUUGGGGUAGCUUAGGAAAGGAAGAGAUAGUGGUGUCGCUAAUACUUGCACAUAUGGGGCAAAUUGAGCCGCGACUACAACGUCACAUAUUUUCGGAGGAUAUAACUACCCGCAUUAAAAUGCAGCGACAGCUGAUGGCCUUUUCUUACCGCAAAAGAAGUUACCAAGAGGCAGCGAAAACUGUUACAAGCGCCGCACAUGAUAAUAAACGUCCUAGUUUAAGUUCGAUAUCAACCAAAUGUUACUCUUGCGGAAAGUUUGGUCAUAAAUCUUUUGAAUGUUCCAGCCGACCGCAAGACAAGCAGCAAACAACUCCGUUCUUCGAGCGUCCCAACACGGCCGUUGCUUCACGGACCUCUGUCACUUGUUUCAAGUGUGGUGUUGAGGGCCACGUGGCAACACGUUGCUCAAAGACAUUUCCGGUAGCAGGCAGCAGCUCCCAACCCAGCGUUGUGAAGCGAGUGGACAUGUGUGAUGUGAGACCUGUCACCGGAAUAAUCACUCAAUUUGACAACGAUGAUGCGCGGCCUUCAACAUCACACGAGGCCGUGUGAUAUGUCAGGACGGCCGUGUCGGAGGAAGUCAUUGAAGGAGUUGCUUGUUGAUUGUACCUUUUGUAAACCUUAAUUGAAUUUAAUACGAAUUUUUACAUUGUUAUAAUUCCUAAAACAUAUUUCUGAAAACAAAUUUGUAAUUAUAAUAGAAACUAAAGAAAGUAGGAAGUUAUC